CCGUAGCCAUUUUGGCUCAAGCCUGCUCGGGCGCGCGCGCGCAGCGUGUGCUUGGGAGCGAUGGCGACGGGAGGGGACCCUCCGCGGUUCCCCCGCUCGCGCGGCGAGCGCAGCGAGGCUGCGCGGCGAGCCCGUGCCGCGGCCGACGCGGCCGUGCGGCACGCCCGCGCGCGCGCCGGCGAGCUGGAGAAGGAGGUCGCGCGCCUCAGGGAGGUCAUCGCGGGCCUCGCGGGUGGCGUGCCUGCUGCCGAGCCUGGCUCGUGGCAGGACAGGGAGGCGGCCGCGCGGCCCGCCCUGAUCCUGGCCGCUGGCGGCCGGCCCGUGCCAGGGACCGUGAGAUUCCGCCGGAACACGGCCUUGCACGCGGCUCGUGCGCCUGCAGCGGGGUUUGCGGCGGCACCGCGGGCUGGCUUGGCCUGGGCCGCGGCGGGUCCGCGCCUUGGAGGCGUGCUCGGCCGGGGGGCGGCGGCCGCCGUCGUGUGCGAGGUCGAGAUCUGCGAGUGCGAGGUGCCCGCGCGGCCCUCCCCUCCGGCCCCGCCGCGACGUGAGCUGCCAGAGGCGGCCGACGCGAGGCGCACGCCGCUUAGCUCCGCGCUCUCGGAGCAGCUCGGCUUGCUGCAGGGCGCCCUGGCGAAGCUGUCUGGGCGGAAGGGCGCGCUCCAGGAGGGCGCCGAGCUCACGGUCGAGCUGGAAGCGCUCCCGCAGCGGCUGUGCGCGCUGGAGGACACCGCCGAGCCCAAGGCCGUACUGGAGUCGCUCUCGGAGCAGCUUUGCUCGCUGGCGGGCGACGCGGCGGCGGUGUCCGAGCGGCAGGGCGCGUUCGAGGAGGGCGCGGAGCCUAGGGGCGAGAUGCAGGUGCUCUCGCAGCGGCGCUGCGCGCUGGUGCAUUCUACCGAGGCCGAGGCCGAGAUGAAGGCGCUUUCGGAGCAGCUUGCCCCGCCGAAGGGAGACGUGGCGGCGUUGUCCGAGCGGCAGGGCGCGCUCGCGGAGGGCGCCGAGCCCACGGUCGAGCUGGAGGCGCCCUCGGGGCGGCUGGGCGCGCUGGAGGAGGGCGCCGAGCCCACGGUCGAGCUGCCGGUCGACCUGGCGGCGCUGUCCGUUCGGCAGGGCGCGCUCGAGGAGGGCGCCGAGGCCAGGGGCGAGCUGGAGGUGCUCUUGCAGCGGCCGUGCGCGCAGGAGGCGACCUCCGAGCAGCUGGUCUCGCAGAAGGGCGACCUGGCGGCGCUGUCCGAGCGGCAGGGAGCGCUGGAGGAGGGCACCGAGCCCAAGGGCGAGCGGGAGGUGCUCUCUAAGCCGGCCUCCCGCCACGCGUUCAGCGAGAGCUUGUUUUACUUCCUGGACGAUUUCUCGGUGGCGGCGGUGCUGUGCGUGGCCAUUGGGCCCAAGACGGGAGUUGAGGCACUCCUGAGCUCGGCCGAGGCCCGCUUUCUCGGCGUCCGCCCCAGCACUGCAGGCUGGCCAGAUGCCGAGGAGCGUGAGCGUAUCCUCGAAAGCCGCCUGCAGGUCGUCCAGUUUGCGUGCGGACGCUAAUUCCGUUUGCUCCGUGCGUUCGCAUUUCUUGUAUUUGUAUGUGUACGUGAGCUAUCAACCGGUGCAGCUUCGCUGCUUGCCUUGCGUGCGGACGCUAAUUCCGUUUGCUCCGUGCAUUCGCAUUUCUUGUAUUUGAAUGUGUACGUGAGCUCUUCUGUGCAGCUUCGCUGCUUCUGCUUGCCUCUCGGCACUGCCCGCCCCCGUGGCCCCGGGGCCCAGGCGCCCCCGUUGGCCCUGGCGGGCGUCUGGCGCUCCGCGCCCCCCCUGCGGUGGCCCCUUUCGGGCCCCCAGGGCUGGCCCUUGAGGCCCUGGGGCCAAUGGGCUCCGUGGGCCUCGGGCUUCUUUUAGCCUUCAUAGGCCCCGCACGACACGACACACAGGAGCACGGCAGACCACACCUCGAUUUUAGGAGGAUGUCUCGAGCGAAAUGGCCGUGGUCUGCCGUGCUCCACACGGGAGCACGGCAGACCACGGCAGACCACCUGCUCAUGUUCUGAGGACUUCCCG